CAAUACAAAGUUCUCUUCAACAGUAUACCUGCGCUAAUAUUGACAUAAUGCAGGAUAACAAUUACGAAACAAACGAAAAUUUUACAAUAAUUGUGACGUUGAAUAACAAUCCCAGAGUUCAAAUAGCUGUUGGGAAAGCCACAGUUACUAUCGCAGAUGAUGACGAUAUCGACGAAUGUUAUGCAGGGACUCACAAUUGCCAUGAAAAUGCCUAUUGUAACAAUACUGAUGGUUCUUUCAAUUGUUCAUGUAAAUAUGGUUUCAGGGGAAAUGGAACAGAUUGUCAAGAUUUCGACGAAUGUCAUGCAGGGUCUCAUAACUGCCAUCACAACGCCUACUGUAAUAAUACUGAUGGCUCUUUCAAUUGUACAUGCAAAAAUGGCUACUCAGGAAAUGGUACAGACUGUCAAGAUCUGGACGAAUGUGGUGCAGGGAAUCACAGUUGCCAUCAAAAUGCUCAAUGUAACAAUACUGCAUGAUGGUUCUUUUGUUUGUUCAUGCAAAAAUGGCUACUCACGAUCAGGAAAUGGAACAGACUGUCAAGAUUUAAACGAAUGUGUUGCAGAGAAUCACAGUUGCCAUCAGAAUGCUCACUGUAACAAUAAUGAUGGUUCUUUUAAUUGUUCAUUCAAAAUUGGUUUCAUUGGGAGUGGAACAGACUGUAAAGAUUUCGACGAAUGUGAUGCAGGGAAUCACAGUUGCCAUCAGAAUGCUCACUGUAACAAUACUGGUGGUUCCUUCAAUUGGUCAUGCAAAAUUGGUUUCAUGGGAAAUGGAGCAGACUGUCAAGAUUUAAAUGAAUGUGUUGCGGGGACUCACAACUGCCAUCAGAAUGCUCACUGUAACAAUAUUGAUGGUUCUUUUAAUUGUUCAUGCAAAAUUGGUUUCAGGGGAAAUGGAACAGAUUGUCAAGAUUUCGACGAAUGUGAUGCAGGGUCUCAUAAUUGCCAUCACAAUGCCUAUUGUAAUAAUACUUAUGGCUCUUUCAAUUGUACAUGCAAAAAUGGCUACUCAGGAAAUGGGACAAGCUGUCAAGAUUUCAACGAAUGUGAUGCAGGGAAUCACAGUUGCCAUCAGAAUGCUCACUGUUACAAUACUGAUUUCUUUUAA